UCUGCCUUCAACUGAUCACCAAUAGUAAUUCAUUGCUACUUACUGACACCAUGUGUUACUAUGGCAGCUACUGUGGAGGCCUGGGCUGUGGCUAUGGUGGCCUAGGCUAUGGCUAUGGCUGUGGCUGUGGCUAUGGCUAUGGUGGCUAUGGUGGCUAUGGUUAUGGCUGCUGCCGCCCUCUGUGCUGUGGAAGGUACUGGUCGUAUGGCUUCUACUGAGGAAUUUUUGCAGCUUCCCAGCCUGUUGGCUAUAACCUGCUGUCUUACUGGAAGUGCCUACAAGUUUCCUCACAUCAGAAAUUCCUAAUUUCAAAUUUCCAAUUAAUCUAAACAGCCUGAGUACAACAGUCCCGUCUUACUUCUCACCUUCAGUUGGACUGGAUGAGAGCUUGCAGAGAAGUUACUUAUUGUCUACCUAAUCCCUUGUAAAAUGUGAGCCAGCUGGACUGUCAACUUUAGUGUAAAAAAAGUGCUUUUCAAUAAAAUAUUUCAUUGAGAAUAUUUUUCUCAUA